UUAUAUACAUCACCCCGCCCUGGCUUCAUGAUCUCCCCAGCAGACGCACUUCGAGCGAUCAGUCGACGUCCAUGAUAGACGUCGACAGCGAUGACAACGGUGAAGUGCCGGCGGAUAUAACCAGUUGGACGCCUGGAGGAGUUGGCGAUGGUGAGGGAACAUGGCAUGAUGACACGGGCGGGUCCUGUUACGGGGCAGAUGAAGGAAACGACGGCGACGACACUUCCACGCAGCAGGGGGAGAUGAAUGAUGAAGAUGGUGGUCGUCGUGUGGAGGAGGGGGUUCAAGGGCGUCCAGGCGAGGAUGUGAAUGCGGCGAAGGGUAAUCAGCAGAAGCGUCAUGGUGGGCGGCCUCCGACCACCAACCCGAAACCGAAGGUGCCGUGGACGUUGGACGAGAGGAUCCAUCUCGCGAGGAUGAUGCAAGAGGACGACGCCCUCAUGGCGGACGCCAACGGCCAACACCGCAUGAUGCAAAUGAAGGAUCGGUACGCAUGGGUGGUCGCACGGAUGAAGGAGGCCGGGUACAUGCACAGGACAAUAGAGGAUUGCCUGAAGAAGUGGACCAACAUGAUGACGACGACGAAGCUCAUCCUCGACAAGCAACAGAAGAAGUCGGGGGAGCCAUCGUAUUUUGACAUAACAAUUGAGGAGCGGAGAGAGAGGAGACUGCCGCUGUCUUUCGAGAAGGCAUUGUGGGACGCGAUGACGUGGAAACUUGAUCGACCAUCCAUCCAGUGYGACAACACGAUGGCGUCGGAGUCACUYCARGGGAAACGACAGGAACCAUCACCGACGGUCGGAUCCGACGCAACGGGRACGGAAGAGUCRGAMAGCUCAAACAAGGCACGUAGAACAGGGACCGACAAAGCGAGGGUUCAUGAAGGYRGCUCARGCGGAUCGUCCUUGAGCAAAGUAAUGGAAGACUCAACGAGAUCGUAUUGUCAGGGCCUUGACAAUGCGGCGGCCGCCCUGGCGAGAGCGACAAUGGGAGUAGGCACGACAAUAGCAGCGAUAAUAGGUACCACGAAGAUGGAGCUGGAGCGAUGGCGCCACAGGUAAGUAUCACUGGACUCCGCCAGUCUCUCUCCCACUCUGCGAUCUACCACCUACCAGCGCCCAGCGCUGAAGACUACAGCUACAGCUAUGGCGCCCAGCGUC